UCAGGUUGCGGAAGCAAGGGGACAUUGGAGGUCGAGAAUGGCGGAGUUAGGGUUAGGGUUUGGAGCAGAGGGGGAGGAAGAGAAGGGGGAGAAAGGGAGGAGGAGGAGAGGAAAGCUCAGCUCGAGAUGGGGUAUCCGGAGGAGGAGGAGAGGAAGGGAAGGCGGCAACGAUGAAUACGUCUUUUACUCCUCCGGCCAUUCUUCAAUCGACGACAGUAGCUUCCACGAUGAGUCUUACUGGUUUUCCUCUGCACCGGGAAGCUUCGGCGGCCGCUUCUCCUUUGGAUCUGAUUUGUCUGCUCUUUCUCCGAGCCCGCGAUCUUCCAUAACGAAUCUGGCCGGACGGGAGCCGUCCUUUCUUCCAGGCCUUGACCCUGGGCCAGAGACAAGAGCAUCUUCUCCUGAUGGAGAGCUGGAACAGGCGGGGAGAACCAUAGAUCCUCUACUUAGCAAUACGGUUUCUCACAAUCCUAGAGAAGAUUCCCACAACCAGAGGGUUACUUUUGAGUCUCUUUCUUCUCCUGGUGGGCAUCGAAGAUGGAGGCCUGGAUCACUUGAUUUGAAUGUCCAUGGACAAAAUGUGGGAGCUUCAUCACUCCAUAACUUAAAUGGUGGCACUGCUUAUAUGAAGAAUAGUCGCGCUCCGGCUAUGCAUAGUAGAUCUAAUAUGUUUCCUAGUCCUGGAACACCAAAUUACUGGCACAGUAAUGUUGGAGUUGGUUCUUAUCAGAAAGGAUGGAGUUCGGAACGGGUUUCGCUACCGGCAAGCCGUGGUCAAAGAUAUGGUGGAAAUGCUCCUUUGUUCCCUUUUAAUAACGGGAGAACGAUGCCAUCGAAGUGGGAGGAUGCUGAGAGGUGGAUUUGUAGUCCAGUUUCUGGUGAUGGUUCAAAGAGACCUGUGGUGCUUCCACCUUAUCAUAGGCGGCCGAAGUCAAAGAGUGGACCUCUUGGAGCUCCUGUGUUAGCCUGUGGUUCUUCGUAUGCAUUGGCAUCGCCUCAGAUCCCUUGCUUUGAUAAUGGAAGAGUUGUGAAUUUCGCAGGCAGUUCUCCUUUUCUGGCGGGGGUUCUCAUGACUGAUCAGGAAUUGUGUGGUAUUAACGGCGGAGAAAGUUUUGGUACUCAUAAGUCUGAGGUUCAUAUAGAUAGAUCCGCAAGCAUGGAUGCGUGUCUUGAUUUGUCGGUGCAGCCAUCUACCUCAUUGCCACCUGAAGUUGCUUUCAAAGGAUAUAGAUUUUUUGAUAGGGCUCAGGAAAUAGCCACAAUGGCAUCUCCAAUGACUUCAAGCAGAGAUGUGGGAACACAGAUGAGUCCCGAUGAAAGUACUCAGUCUUCCCCCAAGGAGAGGGCCGAGAGGCCUUCUUCUAUAUCCCAGUCUCCACUAUUUGUUCAUACAAUUACAGAAAUGCAGAGCAAUUUUCCAUGUCUAGAGAUCAGAGAUGUGCAGGUGGAUGACCGAGUCACCGUAACGAGGUGGUCGAAGAAACAUAUUUCUCGGUGCUCUGAUAGGAGGUCAACUGAUAUUAUAGAAUGGAAAAGGAAAACAUUAGAGUCUAGGACAUCUGAUUGGGAAGUUAUAGGCACAGAGAAAUGCAUAUCAAAAUAUGAUAGGGAGGAAGCUAAGAUUACUGCCUGGGAGAACCUGCAGAAAGCAAAAGCUGAGGCUGCACUGCAAAAACUUGAAAUGAAAUUGGAAAAGAAAAGGUCUUCCUCAAUGGAAAAGAUUUUGAAUAGGCUUAGAUCAGCUCAGAGAAAGGCGCAAGAUAUGCGAAGUUCGGUGGUCGAUCGACAGGUUUACAUGGUUCCCAGGACUGGCCGAAGGGUCUCAUACUUAAGAAAAUACGGUCGAAUGUCUUCUUUUCGAGGAUGCUUUACUUGCCAUGCUUUCUAACACAGUAAAGUUUUCUUCAGGGUUGCAGCUGCAGUAGAAUUGGAGGUUUGAAAGAUCUGUAGAAGGAGAAAUGACUUGCGAGGGUUAAUGGAGCUGGAGGAUUAUUAAUCAAAAGUGAUUUAUUAUUUUGCUUGCAGAAUUUGGGCUUUAUAGAGUGCAUGGGUUUUAUGCAACUGCCUUUCUUUUGUGAUUUUGCACUGCAAUUUUCUGUUGUAUUAUACUUUUGUUUGUGCAAUCAAAAUUCAAAUUUGUUGUAAAUACGAGGGGGGGUUUUUUUUUUCUA